CUCGUACCGCAACUGAAGGUUGAAGGAAGCUUGAGGCUUCUCUGAGUUUGAGUAAAGGUGCAUCUACUGUCUUGAUAUACAAGGAAGUCUUGGAAAAUGGUUGACUUGAAACUAAGGAUGAUAUCAAUUUUUGCUCUUUGCUUGGUCAUUGUUGUUGCGAUACCUUUUCCUUCAGGAUACACAUGUGAAGAAGAUGUCUAUGCUAUUAGUAGCUUGCAUGCGGCACUUGGGCAUCCCCUUCUUCCUGGAUGGACCCCUUUCGGAGGGGAUCCUUGCCUUCAAGGAUGGCAAGGCGUCCAAUGUGUUGGGCCAAAUAUAACUGCAAUAGUUAUCAAUGAUGCAAAUCUUGGUGGAGAAUUAGGUGAUAUGCUUGGAAAUUUUACUUCUAUUAUUACAUUAGAUUUUAGCAAUAACCAUAUUGGUGGAAGCAUUCCAACAAAUUUGCCAGUUACUCUAAGGCAAUUUUUUCUGUCAUCCAACCAACUCACGGGAAGGAUCCCAAGUUCUUUGGCAGAUUUAACUCUCCUUUCUGACAUGUCACUCAAUGAAAACUCCUUAAAUGGAGAACUGCCUGAUGCUUUCCAGUCCCUUACUGGUCUAGUGAACUUGGAUGUUUCUUCUAACAAUUUGAAUGGUCCUUUACCACCCUCAAUCACCAGCUUGUCAUCGCUGACUACCUUACAUAUACAGGAUAAUCAUAUAUCUGGAACCCUUGAUGUUUUGCAAGAUCUACCCCUCAUGGAUUUGGACAUUGAGAAUAAUCUGUUUUCUGGACCUGUUCCAGAGAAGCUCUGGAAUAUUCCAAAUUUCAAAUCGAACGGAAAUCCAUUUAAUACAACAGUUGCUCCAGAACCAGCACCAAUUCAGGCAUUUCCUUCCUUAGUUGCACCUGUUCCUUCCCCUUAUUCUGAUGCACCCGUUCGCCAUGGUGCACCUACUCACCAUGGUGGAACAAGCUCGACUGUUAGAAAAAAUUCAACCAUGAGGGUCAUUGCUUAUGUUGUUGCUGUGGUACUAGUUAUAAUUGCAGUUCUCCUUGCUCUAUUUUGUACAUUGAAGUUGCAAGAACGACACCUCAAGCGUGAGCUCAUUCCCAAGUGUCAUAAAAAAAGGGCACCUAAAAUGACCAAGCAGCCUUUAAGCACUACUGGUUUGGUUGCAUCAAAUUACAAGAAAGAAGAUUUUUAUGGGAACACUCUCGGGAAACAAAAUGAACAUGAAGCUCAUAUGAUUGAAACUUCUGCAGGGCUGAGGCCCAUUAUGGCUGAAAAAGUUGCUGCAAAACCCAUUGCCCCCUUGUACAAAGAAAAAGAUUAUAUUUCUUUUGACAAAGCAAUGCCUCUAAAAAGAAAUUGUACUCUCCCAGCUUCUGUGACAUCCUUUUCUGUUGCUUCGCUUCAGCAGUAUACCAAUUAUUUUGGAGAAGAAAAUCUGAUCAGAAGCUCUUAUUUGGGAAGAGUAUAUAUGGCAGAGCUGUCUGAGGGCAAGCUAUUAACAGUCCUGAAGCUCAAUAAUCUGACUUCAAACAUCAAUACUGAUGACUUUCAUGAGUUAGUGUUGCGCAUCUCAGAACUUCAACAUCAGAACAUCAUUAAGCUUGAGGGCUAUUGUUCUGAAUUUGGACAGAGGCUGCUUAUCUUUAAAUACUUCAGCAGAACUACACUUAAUGACUUGCUUUAUGAUUUUAGUAAGAAGAGAUUAUCAUGGAAUGCUCGAAUUCAAAUUGCGCUUGCUGCUGCCAGAGCCAUAGAGUACCUACAUGAGUCCUGCAAGCCUCCCGUCAUACUCAGAAACCUAGAAGCCUCCAGUAUUCUACUUGAUGAUGAGCAUGAGCUUGCAUUUUUCAUGGUGAUUCAAGAACACCUUUUGGUUAUGAGGCCCCAGAAAAUUAGUGAGCUUCAGGGAUCCUGUUUAUACAGAUCGAAUUCACAGGUCUCGUGCCAGAAGCAAUACUUAGUCAGUGGGCCAGUCACACGCCUUAUGACCAUCAAUGCAUUAUCAAGAAUUGUGGAUCCUUCUAUUGAUGGGUGGUUUCCUCUAAAGUCAUUAUCUCGCUUUGCAGGAUAUCAUCAGUCGUGUGUAUUCAG